AUGCUCGAUAUCAAUCAGAUUAGACACUCACAAACAGGUCACGAUUGUGCAAAAAAAACCCAGAUUCCUCGAGUCAAUAAUCAAUCAAUUGGAGAACCUGAGGUUAUCUGUCUUUUCACUUUACUCACCCCAGACAUCGAGUCAAGACAUCAAGCAAGCCAGCCCAGACCAGACUCUCGCUUCGCCCCAUCCAUCCCCAUCUCAUCAGCAUCCCAGCACCACCUAGCACAACCGUACAUACACAUACAUCGUAGCUGUGCCAGUGCUCAGCUACCUUACCUUACCUACCUGCGCCCAGCAAUUGGAAGACUAAUAGAUCUACCUUUCCUUUUUCCCACCGCCCUCUCCCUCCUUUCGUGCGUGGGCCCUUUCGCUUUACAAAAAAGUCCCGCAAACUUUCCUUCCCGUCGGUCGCUCUCUUGGUACAGUCAAGUCGGGGGUCAGAACGUAGUGGCAGCAGCAGCACGGACGGGACGCGACCGCCUUAAAGCAAGCAAGCGGACGGAACAACAUCAAACAGAAGAUAUCUCAAGGAUCAAGAACUACAGGCAUAAGCCCAGGAAUGACAGUUAG